AUGGAUACAUUCAAAAAAUAUAAUAUUUGUUGUACUUGUUUUACGACAACGUCCAAAUAUCUUCUCGAUUGUGAUCAUUGUCAAUCAUCUUUUUGCUAUGAAUGUCUACUGGAACAUCAUCAUAUUGAUAUUUAUGAUCGUCUACUCAAACAAAUUCAGGAUAUUAAUACUAUUGUGGCUCGUUUCAUUGAUCAUGCGCACAAUCAAACUGAAUGGGUUGAACAUUUAACACAAGAUCGUCUUGAUUUACAGAUUUUUGUACGUGACAUUAAUCAAACACCAUCAAAUUUUAAAGUGAUUGAUUUACCAACGGAAUUUUGGCUGGCUCACAUUGAUGAUCUUAUUAAGAAAGACGGGUUUGCUAUUGAUUAUGACUGUUUUUGGGAUCUUCGUCAAUCAAAAACUCAAACUUCGAAACCAAAACGAAUUCAAAAAUAUCAAUGGGAAAGAUGUUUGAGUGUCGAUACCACUAUGCCAUAA